UUAUUAUCUGUGGUUCAGUCUAAGCCAACAGACAGUCUAAUAAAAUUAUAAUAUACAGAAAGUUGUUUUAAGCUUUCUUUACGUCUGUUUACAGUCUGUCACUCACCAUCUACAAUCGUGCUAUUUUUCAGUAAAUUUAAAUAACUAACAAACUAAAUAACCAUGGGGAAGGGCUUCAACAAUUAUAUGUGUAAAAAAUUCUUUCAUCCUGCCUCCAGAGAUAACUUGAAAAGGGUAUGGAUGGCUGAACAGAAAACUGAAGCAUAUAAGAAGAAACAAGAAGAAUUACGUGUACAAUAUGAAAAAGAACAAGAACUUCAUGAAAACAAAGCAUUGCUGAGCAAGGAUAGCAAAGAUAAAUUGAGCUUGAACUUUAUGUACGAACCUCCACCAGGAGUAAAAAAAGAACGUGAACGUGAGGAUAAUGAACCAGAGUACAAAUUUGAGUGGCAACGUAAAUACAAUGCGCCCAGAGAGAGCUACUGCAAGGGUGAUAAUGAAAUUCGAGACCAGCCAUUUGGUAUAUUGGUCAGGAAUGUAAGAUGUAUCAAGUGUCACAAAUGGGGACAUAUAAACACAGACAAAGAAUGCUCUAUGUAUUCACUGUCAAUGAGUGAGGCUCGUGCCUUGCAAGCGUCCACUUCAGCACCUGAAGAAGAGGAAGAAAAACCAGAUGUGCCCACACUGAUGCAGCAUAUGCGGGACUCUGGGCUAGUUAUGAAGCCAGGUGCAAUGCCACUAGCUGCCACAAAGAUUGAAGACAAUGACACAACAAGCUUGACUGAAAUGGAUCUUAUUAGCCAAUUAUCUAAGAAACAGAAGAAAAAGCUUUUGAAGAAACUUGAGAAACUGGAAAAGAAAAAGGAUAAAAAACAUAAACAUAAGUCUAAACGUUAAGUUUGUUAAUGUCAGCAAACAUUUUCACUUGAUAUAUAAGAUACCUAAUAAUAUAUGUAUUGGCCAAUA